AGCCUCGACGUCUCACAACCCUAUGGGCCUUCACGGCCUGUUACUGGGAUAGCAUUACUUUUCUUUUACUAUAUAACGAGGGUUAAAAGUUGGCCAGAUUUCAGCAGUGGAUGUAACCGUUUCAGGAUCCCUGUGGUGGGCUUCUGCUUUGCAUCCAGUAGCAGGGCCACCGCAAGCCCAAAUGUAACCCGCUAGGCGAGAAAUUCCCUCCCCCCACCCCACCCUUUCUAAAAUCUUUGUCGCUGUUCUGAACACCGCCUCAAAACAGUUUCAUGUACGUGUUACAGAGGGUGUUCAGGUCACUGAAAAUUUUAUUAUUAUUGUUGUUGUGUACCGCUCCUCGAGACCGCUUGGUUAGCCAGACGCGUAAGCCCUUUCGUGUAGUCUAGGAAAUGGAUACCAACGUUUCGGAGAAACAUAUACCUCCAUCUUCAGCAUCUUCUACCCUGAAGAUGUAGUCAUUAUAUUCUCCGAGACGUUGCUGCACGGUACAUAACUGUGACCAGUCGUGUAGGGUGCAAUGGCUGGCCGCAAGCAGUCUGGAAGGGACUCUCUGAGCGCAACCUUCGAGGAUGACCACACGUGGCCAGAUGCCAGCUGCAACUCAUUCCAGCGUGCCCUGUGUCCCCUGCUGGUGGCGGGACAGUGCUUUGCCCUGAUGCCCGUGUCUGGUCUCACGGGUCACGACGCCUCGACACUUCGGUUCCGGUGGCGUAGUCCCAGGGUGGCCUACAGCGUCCUGUCCCUCGUCGGCAUUCUGUUGCAUCUGUACUUCUGCUUACGGGAGCUCUGCACCGCGCACCGCGUCACGUAUUCUGCUUGUGCUCCGGCCGUUUUCUUUGCAGUCACUUUCUUGGCAACCAUUUUCUUCAUGUUCUUAGCCAGAAAGUGGCCUCAGAUAGUGUCAGAGUGGCAAACUGUGGAGCACACGAUGCUGAAAUUCCACGGUUACCCCAGGAAUUUUGGGCAUCGAUGUAAAUUCUGUGCGGCGUCAAUGCUUACAGCCUCAACAGUGGAGCACAUGAUGGCCAUGUAUUCGUGUCUCCUGCGCGCGCUACCAUAUUCUGCGGGAGGUGUGGACGUUAUCCGCGCUUUCUACACGAUCUGGUUCGAGCAGGUGUUCAAAGCGACGGACUACGCACUGUGGAAGGCGCUGCUGCUUCAGGUGUCCAACUUUGUGGCCACAUUCACAUGGAGCUACAUGGACAUGUUUGUUACCCUCGUGAGCAUGGCGCUCACCCAGAAGUACUUGCAGCUCUACGAGCGACUCCUGGCCUUCAGGGGAGAGGUUACCCCACCGGCGUUCUGGCGUGAGGCUCGUGAGCUGUACGAAAACCUCUGCUGCCUCACACGAACAGUUGACGAUCAUAUUUCUCACCUCGUCCUCCUGAGCCUCACCAGCGACCUCUACUUCAUCUGUCUGCAGUUGUUCAACAGCCUCACGAACGUGCACAGCCUGUAUGGCUACGUCUUCUUCUUCUACUCCUUCGGUUAUUUGCUUUUCCGAGCUUGCCUGAUGUGCUUUUGUGCCUCGUUCGUGAACGAGGCCAGCCAGAAGCCAAAGGGAGUCCUGUAUGCGGUGCCUGCCGCGAGUUACGACACCGAGGUAGAGCGAUUUAUUGACCACGUGACUACCAGCGAAGUGGCACUUACUGGAUUCCGAUUAGUUAAGUUGAAGAGACUUUUAAUUCUGACGGUCAUUGGUUCAAUUGCAACAUACGAACUACUACUUGUGCAACAAGACAACGGUCAAGGUUUAGACAGUGAACAGGCGCAGAAUUCAUCUAAUGUUAUAUUAGCCUGAUCGUAUCCUGCUGCAGUUCCUGAAGUAAAUAUAAGAAAUAAUGAACCAUCAUGAAAGUCCUCAUUAUGCAGUUU